UCGCGGGUCCGGACCGCGAGCGCGGGGGCCGACGGGUCGCCGCUGCGCCGGGCCGGGAUGGCGGCCACCGCGCUGCUGGAGGCCGGCCUGGCGCGGGUGCUCUUCUACCCGACGCUGCUCUACACCCUGUUCCGCGGGAAGGUGCCGGGUCGGGCACACCGGGACUGGUACCACCGCAUCGACCCCACCGUGCUGCUGGGCGCGCUGCCGUUGCGGAGCUUGACGCGCCAGCUGGUACAGGACGAGAACGUGCGCGGGGUGAUCACCAUGAACGAGGAGUACGAGACGAGGUUCCUGUGCAACUCUUCACAGGAGUGGAAGAGACUAGGAGUCGAGCAGCUGCGGCUCAGCACAGUAGACAUGACUGGGAUCCCCACCUUGGACAACCUCCAGAAGGGAGUCCAAUUUGCUCUCAAGUACCAGUCGCUGGGCCAGUGUGUUUACGUGCAUUGUAAGGCUGGGCGCUCCAGGAGUGCCACUAUGGUGGCAGCAUACCUGAUUCAGGUGCACAAAUGGAGUCCAGAGGAGGCUGUAAGAGCCAUCGCCAAGAUCCGGUCAUACAUCCACAUCAGGCCUGGCCAGCUGGAUGUUCUUAAAGAGUUCCACAAGCAGAUUACUGCACGGGCAACAAAGGAUGGGACUUUUGACAUUUCAAAGACAUGAUGUAUGGGGAUUAGAAAGAACUCAAGACACUCCUGCUUGAUACAGAACAAAAAAAGCUUAACAGGACCAACAGGGCUUAAGCCCAGACUUGACGUAACAGAAAUGUGCCAAUAGGUAAUAGGUAAUUUUUCUUUCUCUGACUUGUUUUGUUUUCUUGAAAUAACACUGUUGUGUGGCUAGAAAGGAAAA